AUGUAUGCCCCCCCUCAUGUCCAAGCAAUAGGGAUCGCAGCCCUUGCCGUCCUCCCAUCCUUCUUCUUCGCCUCUCCCGCAACCGCUGCAACUCUACAAGCGUCCGGAUCUUCGUCAUCCUGCAGAUGCUUCCCUGGAGAUGCCUGCUGGCCAUCCCCGGCCGAGUGGAAUGCCUUCAACCAAUCCGUCGGCGGCCGUCUCAUCGCCACGGUCCCGCUUGGAUCCGUCUGCCACGGCACCACGUAUGAUGCCACACGCUGCGCCAACAUCCAGGCCGCAUGGCCAUAUGCAGAUACGCACACGGAUUCGUCUAGCUCCGUUCUUGCGCCAUUCUUUGCGAACCAGAGCUGCGAUCCGUUCCUCUCUAGAGAGACCCCCUGUGUCAUCGGGACCUACGUCCAGUAUGCUGUCAACGUCUCUGGCAUUGCAGACAUCCAGGAGAGCCUUGCAUUCGCGCAGAAGAAGAAUCUCCGCUUGGUAGUAAGAAACACGGGACAUGAUUACUUUGGAAAGUCCACUGGAGCCGGGGGUCUGGGACUAUGGAUGCAUAAUCUCAAGACCUACGAUAUCUUCGACUACAAGUCAGCUGCUUAUACCGGGAAAGCGGUGACCAUGGGCGCUGGUAUCCAAGCAGGAGAAUCUGCUGCUACUGCUUUCGAGCACGGUCUCACCAUUGUGUCUGGAAUAUGUCCGACUGUUGGUCUCGCCGGAGGAUAUACCCAGGGCGGCGGCUUAGGGCCCCUGACCACUAGAUAUGGACUUGGGGCUGAUCAAGUGUUGGAGUGGCAUGCGGUGCUUGCAAACGGCACAGAAGUCACCGCCACCCCAAGCAAGAACAGCGAUUUGUUCUGGGCCUUGAGCGGUGGUGGUGGCGGCACAUAUGCCGUCGUGUAUUCGAUGACGGUCAAGGCACACGCAAACGAGAGGACGACAGGAGCAAACCUCACGUUCCCAAAUGCAGGGUCAGAAGAUGUCUUCUUCCAAGGAGUUCAAGCAUUCCAUGACAUUGUCCCUGCGAUAUCCGACGCUGGGGGCACGGCGGUCUGGACGGUGCUUUCCCAGGCCUUGUCCGUUGGGCCUGUUACCGGGCCGAACAUGACCAAGGCGACCAUGGAUAGCAUCUUCCAGCCUGUCCUCCAGAAACUGGAUGCUCUCAAUAUUACAUACUCCUAUUCCUCUGGGGAAUUCUCGAGCUUCUUUGAAAGCAACGCCGCGUAUGAUCCACCGGUGGUGUCCAAUGGUCUCCAAAUUGGUGGCAGACUCGUAAAGCGAUCGGACUUCACGGGGAAUCCCGAUGGCUUUAUUCAGGCCCUUCGCACUAAUGUUGACCAAGGUGGACUGGUCACCGGGGCCUCAUACCAGCUAUCGAGCAGCCUUCAACAAGCGCCCAACUCGGUGAACCCGGAGCUAAGGAAGAGUUUGAUUUCGUUUCAAAUUGGGGUACCGUGGAUCAACACAAACUGGGCUACAGACCUUAAGAACCAGGAUCUCAUCACCAACUCAUUCGUGCCUGCGAUGGCUGCCCUUCUUCCCGGUGGAGGCUCUGCUUACCUUAACCAGGCUAAUUUCCGGGAACCAAACUGGCAGCAGGUGUUUUACGGAGAAAACUAUGAUAGACUGCUUGAGCUGAAGAACAAGUACGAUCCAAACCACGUUUUCUGGGGAAGGACCACGGUUGGAAGCGAACAGUGGGCUGAGACGGACGAUCAUCGACUCUGUCAAGUCUCAUGA